CGUACAAAUACACACCAACUGGCACUACUUCUAAUAUGGCGCUGUCCACAAGCAGCGAAAUUUGACAUAGAUUCUAGUUGCUAGAGGCUUCCUUCCGUGCACUCACGUGCUGACUGUUGAUUCUUCAGAUUAGUAAUAACAGGAUCAUAUUGAAAAGCAAAGGCAGAGGUGACAAGAUUAGACUACGGUACUAAGAGUGAGCGAGUGAGUAUGUCGAAACGGGGUCCUGGUUCAGAACUCAAUGACAGAAACUGGGAUGAUGAAGAAGAACCAGAAGAGGCGGGGUUUUUCACUCAAGCCUCUCAGGAGGCAAUGCAACAGCGUGUCAUCAAGAAGGCCAAGCGCAGAGGUGUAGGAGAGGAACACACUGCAUCAACACCCUUUGGUGGAUUUGCUGGACUUUCUAAGCUAUCACAAGCCAAAAACGAUAGCAGCAAAUCGCUAGGAACAGGAAGUUUGUUUGGUGUGAAGCCUGUUUCUUUUGGAGGUGCUUCAUCUUUCAAUGGUGCUGAGGACCAACAAAAAGGCAAAGUGGCUAGUGGGAAGGAAUCAAGCUCUUAUCUCCCCUCUCUGAAAUCAUUAAACGAGAGUGUGCUGGCCUGGAUCAAACAGCAUGUGGAAGACAAUCCGUACAUUAUACUGACCCCGAUUUUCAAAGACUAUGAGAAGCAUUUGGGAACUAUAGAGGCGAAACGUUCCUCUUCAUCAGCUUCUUGUGCCUCGCCCAAAAAAGAUUCGAUAAAAUCUGAUGAAGGGGCCUCCAGUGCUCCACAGCCGACUCCCUCGUCUCUUUCAAAGGACAUGUCAAAAGCGACAGAUGGGGAGGAGAAAAGCAGCAGCAAACCAGAGGAAACGAACUCCAAGCCGUUCACAUUUGGAAUUUCAUCAUCUGAACCACAGCCAAAAGGGUUUACCUUUGGAAGUGCAGCAGGAUCUUCUUUGAAUGGUGGAUUCAAGUUUAACACAACGAGUUCCAUGCCAGGAUUUUCGUUCAGCAGCAAAACCGAUUCCUCCUCCUCCAACAAUGCAGAGGACAAACCGAGGCUUUCCUUUGGGCUCUCAGCCCCUUCCACGGGUAGUGGUUUCUCCUUCGGAGCUGCUGCUGCUGCGGCCGCGGGCUCUUCUAAAGGGGAGAGCUCCCAGGGAUCCCAGGAGAGCAAGGAUGACGAAGAAUACGUUCCGCCGAAGCCUGAGGUGAAGGAGAUUAAAGAGGACGAUGCUCUCUACUCAAAGAGAUGCAAAUUGUACUAUCAGAAAGACAAUCAGUGGAUUGACCGGGGAGUUGGAAAUUUGCAUCUCAAACCAGUGGAAGAGACGAAAACUCAGCUUUUGAUCCGAGCAGACACUAAUCUCGGCAACAUUUUGCUCAAUGUCAUCCUGGCUACCUCCAUGCCCUUCUCUCGGCAAGGGAAAAACAACGUUUUCUUUGUGUGUGUCCCGAACCCACCAAUCAGCAGCAAGCCUGGAACCGAGUCAGAAGAGACGCCAGUGCCGGUGCCGAUGUUGAUCCGCGUCAAGACAGGAGAAGACGCCGACGAGUUGCUGGGCAAGUUGGAAGAGAGGAAACAGCUGCUUUGAUGACUGUGUAGUAGUGUUUUGUGUACUCGAAUUCUGCUCACUGUCAUAACACAAGAGCCGUGGUCGUAGCUUUUGGGGAGACAUUAGAGUCAACUAUGUAUGGGGAAAACAUCUACUAUCCAUAGUAUAGGAAAACACUUGGUGUAUAAUGUAUCACGUAUGAUGUACUAACACUGAAAUGAUUCCUGCUUUAUUAGAAACUGCCAUUGUCUGGACUGGUUUUAUUUGGUACAGGUACGUCGCUCUUCGUGGUGUUGGUGGUAAGAUUCUCUUCUACUACGACACCAUAAUGACUUGGGUAGGGGCCGACUUGUGUUGAUUAUGACCCUGACGUCAUGGUGCUUCGUCCACAGGAAAAAAGUCUGAGUGUUUCACCACCACCACUGUCUCUUACAAAUGUCGUUUUAAUCUGUUCUACAGUGCAGGAAAGGCAUGCUGAUAUUUCCUAAACGUGAGAAAAGGUUAUUAUCGCUCGUUGGGUGUUAGGGAGAUCGAUGAAUAGAGCAAAAAGUUUCUUGUUCAUUCAUCGCUGUUGACCCAUCACCAAGUUCUGUCGAUCAGAAUGCAGGGAUGCGAUGUAAUAAGAACCUGAAUUAUUCCUUCUCCUUUCGCCACGGUGGGACGUAGCCAUACUCAUACGCACAAGUUUGACUUUGUGGAUACACCUACUGUGUGCUGACCUUUGAAUCUGAAGUUAUUUUGUUAUUUUGUUUUUGUUUGGCAAUGUGAAAAUAAAUCUGUUGCAUUUAUUGUGCUAAGUAGGCAUUUAAAAUAAAGUUGUUGGUUUUGUGAAUUUCUCUGGAGCUUUUUGAAAUUGAUGAAAAUAGGUGUGCUUAUAUAUAUAUAGUUUUCUCCUUGAAAUUUACGAAUGGCCUGUGUACAGGAUAUUGCCAUAAAAGAAGCGAACAGGUGAACCAUUGUCUGAAGCGAUGGAUGUUGUUUAUUUGUAUUGAACUAAAUAAAGUGAAAAAACACUUA